AUGUCAAAAUUACCUUCAUAUUAAUCUAAAAAAGCUGCUUAUAAUUCUGUUUUCGGUGGAUUUUUAAUCCAUAUAAUGAUUGGGACUUUUUACUUAUGGGGCAACAUAAAUACUUAUAUAACAAGUUACUUACGUUAAUACAAUCCUGACCUAACAAUCGACACUUUGAAUUCUAAUUUUCCUUUUAUGGGUUUAACAUUAACUAUAUUUACCCCUUUUGGUUUAUCCAUAAGUUUUAAAUUUGGUAUCAAAAAAACAUUAUGGAUUUGCUCUAUUGGAUGUUUUUUGAUUGAAAUUCCUGAAGAAAACGAGGGUGAAAUUGACGAACUUUUAGACGAAAAUGAUUAAAUGGAAUCCUUAGUUGUCGAAGAAUGUAAAGAUAUAAAAAUGGGUUUAAAACCAAAACUUAUUUAUUAUACAUUGGGUUUAAUGGUUUUUUAUGCAGCCUAGGGUUAAUUAACAAUUGAUAAUUUUAAACCCAUAGGUUAAUAAAUGGGUGGUUUUUCGGAUAUUUAUUUAACUUUGGUUGGUAGUAUAGCUAGUCUUUUUAAUGGAUUUGUGAGGAUUGUUUGGGGGAAAUUUUUGGAUGUAUAUGGUUUUAAAAAGCUUGCGAUUUUCAACUUAAUUCUGGAGUUUAUUUUUAUGUUUUUUUUGAUCUUCUUUUGUAGUUCAGAGAUAGUUUUUAUAAUCUGUAUAUUAGGAAUAAUGGGCUGUUUUGGAGGCUGGAGUGCCAAAAUGCCGGCUUUAUUGGCUUAAAUAUACGGAAAAUAAAUCGGAUCAAGUUUUUACGGAAUUACAAUUUAAGGACUUAGAUAAUCCGUUUGA